GGCUCGAGCAAGCUCUGCCGUUCGUGCGAAAUCGAUCUACAUGUAGAUUCCUUCAUGCAUGGGUCGGAUUGUCCGAAGCCCAUCGAGAAGGAAGGCCUGGCUUCUUCUUUACCUCAUCCUUUGGUCGGACUAUGGGGUGUCUGCAAUCAGAGAUGCGUACAACGACCUUGACAACGAGUUGACGGAUGAAGCCUCAGAUCAGCUGGAGGGCGAGGCCUCCCAGGACCUGGCCCCCGAAGGCGCUUCAGUGCUGCAGACGGUGUUUCGCCAAGAAGCGCAGUCGGGUUCGGUGACCUCCUCACAGCUGGCGGCCCGGGCGCAGCUGCAGGCGGCCACGGCGCGCCUGCAGAGCAGUACCAAGGCGCUCGUGGAGCUUCUGCAGAGCGAUGAAGCCCUGGAAUUGGUGGAUCUCCUGCAGAGCACAGAGGCCACUUCACGAGAGUUCAACAACACUCCGAAAGAGAAGCGGUUGAAAGACAAGAACCUUACAGACCACGCACUCAACGUCUCGCGGAAGAUGUACGAUGUCCUCCAAGAAGUGAGAUCCAGUGAUACGGCUAUGAGGCAAAGUCUCGCACGCACGGGCGACCCACUGGUCUACGAUGACGGCCAGAACAUCAGCAAUUCAACGGACCCAGGGCAGCAGGUUGGCGAACUGGCCGAAAGCAUUGCCAGGUUGGCAAACAGGCGUGGGGACAAGAAGCUGCUGCGCAAGACUGAAGACAAGCUCCUCGAACAUACCUUUGCGGUGCAGAAGCUGGUGAAUGGGGUCCAGGAGGCAGGCGAGCUGGGCAGCGAUGCCCGUGAAGUCCUGGACGACACAGAGGACCCCAACGCCACCCUGGUGAGCGAUCUUGCGGAGAGCGCAGUGACGACUGCAGACACAGGGGGGAACGAGUCGGACUCGCCUGAGAACUGGGAGGUGGAUGAGUUGGAUGUGGAAAAGAUGGACGGUUUCACUCGAGCAAAGCUCUGUGACCUCCUGCCCAGCCUAGACUGUGAAGCCUGCGGGGCGAACUCCAGCUCUCUGCAGGAGUACCGGGACUGCGUCUCCGAGGAGGUGAUGCGGUACCAGAAGCAGCAGAAGAGAGACAAAAUGGAAGCGAUGCAGAAGCGUAAGAUGGACCAGACCAUUGAGAAUGAGAAGAGGCUAAAGAACAUGAAGAAGAGCGCCCUGCUGGGCGCCCACGACAUGCUGCAGAUCUGGGGCGUGGGCCGCAACUGGGCGCGUUGGACCUCGGACCCCGCCUGGCCCUUGGAGACCCUCAAAGGCGAGCCGGCGAAGGCGGGCUGGGAGGCCUUCACCACAGACAGCCAGGCCAUCGUGGAGGCCCACGCCCAGGAGUUUCAGACCGAGGCGGUGGCCAUCGCCAAGGAGGAAGCCGCCGCCUCCGGUGACACGAUAUACGCAGCCCACUUGGAGCACCACGUGACAGAGGCUGAGAGCAUCAAGGCUGGGGCUGAAGAAUUGGUGGCAGAUGGCAUGGAGCUAAAGGGCGGCGGCGAGGAGAUCCUGACAGAGACCACCGGCUCCAUCUCGGAGGCUCAGGCCAUUCAAGCGGAAAGUGUGCAGCUGCAGUCAGAAAUGAAAUCCACUUCAGAGGCCUUGGGAGUUGAGCUCGACAAGUGCUCGCAGCCCUUUGAUCCUGUCAGUGGCUCGUCAUGCAACCCAGACGAGGUGGCCAGACUUACGGAUGAGAUGAAUGGCCAUCGUGCGCAGACCGAGGAGCUGGCAGAGCGUUCGGAGGCACUCGGGGAGGAUCUGGAGAUGCAGUCGGAGGAGGCGAAGAAGCUGGCCCAAGACGCGGAGCAAGUGGCCGUAGAUGCCGAGGAGCUCAAGACCCAGGCCAUGACGCUGAAGGAGGAGGCCUACAACGAGCUCACCUCCAGCGAGACGCUGAAUGCCAUCGCCACCGAGGCCAAAGAGUGCGCCCAGCGCAUCGCCUCGCGCGUGCUGGACCUCGCGGUGCAGACCGUGCAAUCCAUGACAGAGCAGAUUCUGAUGCUGGUGCCCGACCUGUUCUUUGCCUGCCUGGAGGCCGCGCUGGACAUCAUCACUGGCUUCGGGUGGAUCAUUACAGCAGCCCGGCUUAGCUGGAAGCUGGUCAAGUUCGCAUGGAAGAAGUGGAAGCAGUACCGGGACAACAGGGAGCAGAAACUCUGUGGCAAGGCGCCCCAGCUGGACUGCUGCGUGGACAGCGUCAUGUCCUGGUACGACAAUCAGGUCCUGGCACAAAGAACUUCGGCAGCCCAGUUCCAGGCUGAUACGCAGUCUGUGCUGGCAAAGUCAUUCAAGUCCCCGACAGCCUGCACUCCAUGGACCACGACACUGUACGCGGGCCGUCCAGACAACGAGACCCUGAAAAUACUCGUUGCUCGUGAGAUGAGCUCUGUGGGAUCUCUCAUUUACAAGCGGCCCAUCAACAUCUACAGCAGGUUCGGCCUGGGCAUUUUGCGCUCCAAGACCGCGGUGACCUUGAUUGUGGCAAGGUCCAGCCUCCAAGUCGAGUACAACACGAGUCGAAAGAAGCCGCGGGUGCUGCGCUUCAGCACCGGCUGUGAGGACUUCCUUCCUUUCGGCACAGCCCGCGACACCAAAGGACUCCGGGCCAUCAAGAACAAGCGGUCGCCUCUGGGAGUGUGGUUUCGCUUUGGGAAGGGCACCUUCAAGCAACGCACCUUUGAGAUGGCCAGCUACAACGAGAGUUUCUGCGAAGUGGCGCACGCCAUGUGUCGUGCUGCAUGCCACCAGCCCGAGAAGUGUGAUGAUUACUUGGAUCCGGAAGUUGAAGUGGACCUCAAAAGCAAGGCUGCCAAGGCCCAUGAGGAGAAUCUCCUGCCGCUCUGUGUGCCGGUGAGCGGUCUGGCUCGCGCCAACGGGGUCAAAGAGUCCACGGCGAGCCAUCCGAAGGAGACGCUGGGCCCCACGGCCAUGCGGCCCUUCGUCUGGCAACAUCUCUUUAAGGAGGGCCAGGAGGAAGCGAUGCCAAGGACCGAAGCCUAUGCAUAUUCAGCGGCUCUAUGCGACAAGCAUGUCCUGCCAUUCUGGACCUGUGGCGUGGAAGAGUGCUCUCUUUGCCAAGGCGUUGCAUCCAUGUACUCAUCAUCGCAGAGUUCGGCCAAGUGGUGCUCUGCUUUCAAACUCGAAACCAUUGACAACACCACGGACUCAUACGCCCGAGAUCUUGGAAGGUUCUACAAGUGCAACUACCUGACCAAUUAUUUGUCAAGCACAGAGGACAAGCAUCGCUUGGAGAACCGAGAGGCGACAACUGAAGAGGCGUGCACUUCACGCACCUUUUGCUCAGACACGGUCAACAAAUUGCCCAAGCUGGACAUGCGACCGGGCCUGCAGAAGGAGUCGGACCAAUUCAAGGACUCCCAGUGCCGGCUGUGCCUCGAGUUCGUGCAGCGUGCCGCUGCUGGCCUGCGACCCAAGGGCUUCUGCAAGGCCAUACCCAAAAUGUAUGGACAACAGAAGAUCUUUUGUGAAGGCACCUUGAACGACAUGAUGGAGGCCUACCCCGGCAUCAAGCUAGCCCAGAACCGCUCCAUCAUAAGCGGCUGGUUGGGAUCCUGGUCCAGCAACAUCAGCGGGAACACCUGCAAUGAAUACUGCCAGGGCUGGGUGAGGCGCAACCCCGCGGCCCGCGAAACCCUGAAGAACCCCUCGCCCUUGCUGCUGGCGGGGGAGGACAGCGAGCCGGCGCCCCCGGGAAAAGUGGCAGAGAACUGGCAGGAGACAGCUCCCAGCAUCACCAAGAGUCCCUGGAUCGAGAAGGCGAUGAAGAGUGUGAGCACCAGACUGCCAGUGCAAGUGGUGUCCGGCCCCAACGUGGUCUUGUGGAAGAUCCAGGAGAAGGUUCAGAAGGCGGUGACCAGCUGGGAGGCGCUGCUGAAAGAGUUGGCCUGGGACGGGACCUUCACCCAGAAGCGCGUGUGGCCCAGGACGGGCACACCAGGGCUGCUUUCCAAGAAGGUGCAGCAAGCCGUGUUCCUCAUGAUGAAGGAAGGCACCUUCCUGAGGACCCACAUCAAUUUCAUCUCCGACAUUAUGGAGACCAAGCUGAACCUCAACGUCGCGCGUAAAACUGCGGAAGACUUGACUCGACGCAUCGACCUGCUUGUGCAGAACUUUGAUGCCAUGAGCGAGGUUCUCAAAACCAUCUCCAUGACCAAAGCGCCCUCCAAGUUGCGGAAGGCAGUCCAGAAAAAGGCGAAGGACACUGAGACUGUGGUGCAGUGCUACGCCGUGGUGGUGGCAAGGCAUGAGACGUAUAUGCCCAUCCUGUCCGAGCUCAGCAAGUCGCUGAGAGACGCCACUGACAAGCUGAUGCAAGCUCGGCAAAGAGGCAUCAAGUACUCGCCGAAAGAGACAGGCCUUCUGGACGUGCUGUCAAAGUUCUACCUUGUUCUUCCCAAGGAGGAGCAAACCAGAUUUACGCGACUCAAGCAGUGGCUGAAUCCGUUCAACCUGUUCCGAACCCAGCUCCGCAUCGACAAGCUGGUGAAGAAGGACUCGAAAGACUGCUCCUUCAAGAAGGUGCGGCGCAUGACGCAGAGCGGGCUCUGGAAGGAGUUUCAGACAUGCUGCACAGAACGGAGCAAGCAGGUCCUGGGAUGGGAGAUGAACAUCCGCAACGUGCAUACGCAGAUCAACAAGAUCUUGGACAUGAUGGGCUACGUUAAGGGAAACUUUGUCACGCGCAACAUCCGAAAGGCCUUCAGAUUUGCCAGGGACACGUUGCUGGGCAUCAGCCGUAAGAGGGGCAUCUGGAUCGAGGAGGAAGCUGCGGACAUGCUGGAUGGCACAGCGAAGGACUUCCAAAAGGCCUUGAACGAGGAGAACACCCAGAACAACAAGCGUGGGGCAGUCUUCCAACAACUCACCGAGGACAUGUACAACUCUGUGGGUGACCGCGGUGUCCGGCGUGGGUUCUUCAAAGAACUGAGGUUCGACGUGGUGAAGCGGAACGCAUUGAAGGAGCUGAAGAACGGUAAGGACCAGUUCAUGGCCAUCCGCAAGCUGCUGACCCGCCUGUCCGGUCGCAUUGCAGUGAAGGAAGAGUUCUUCAAUGAGGUCAGCGCAGGCGGAGACAGCGCCGACACCCUGCCAAGGAUUUCCUUCGAGAUUGUAGACCACGGCCAUUGUGAAGACAAGCCUCGCAGACGAAAAGCCUCAGCAGUUGAAUGCGAGAGCGCAUCACCCGGCAUUGGUCUCCGGUUCAAGGGUGGCAGCUUCUUCUACAAGUCGACACCUGCAGGCUGUCUCUCCUACCCCGCUGCCAAGUCAUACUUCAAGGACAGCCCCACUGGAGGCGAAUGCGGCUACGACAAGAUCAAUUGCAUUUGUGCCAUCGAAAGCUGAUCAGCUGAUGGCAGGGGUGUAGAGUGAGUCCGGAGGGCAACAUGCUUGCGAUAUGAUGAUGCCACGCGCCCGCUGGCGAGACUUGAAAUCGCCUGUUAAAUGACCAGGAGCUUUCCUGGUCAACCACGAUCACAGUAUUAGUCCAACCAUGCUUUGCAAUCGCUUCGUGCCCCAAGCGAAGCAUCAAACGAUAGCAUGGACAAGCCCUUGUGGCAGCCAAAGGCUUGUGCAAGUCAACUCGGGAGGGAGGG